AAAGUAUUGGCCAGGCAUGGUGGCUCCUGCCUGUAAUCCCAGUACUUUGGGAGGCCAAGGUGGAUGAAUCAUCUGAGGUCAGGAGUUCAAGACCAGCCUGGCUAACAUAAUGAAAUCCCUGUCUCUACUAAAAAUACAAAAGCUUAGCUUCGCAUGAUGGCAGGCACCUGUAAUCCCAGCUACUCGGGAGGCUGAGGCAGGAGAAUCGCCUAAACCUGGGAGGCAGAGGUUGCGGUGCGCCAAGAUCAUGCCAUUGCACUCCAGCCUGGGCAACAAGAGCAAAACUCCGUCUCAAAAAUAAACUUUUAUUAUCUGCCUAUAAUAAUUUCUCAAAAAUUGUCCACUGAGGAGACUUACAGUGUUUGGACCAGGGUGAAUAAUAUCCACCUGUAUCUUUCCCAGGCCUCAUGUUUUCUUUUUAUAAUUUUAAACUCAUGUGAGUUACGCCAAAGUAAUUUUCACUAAGAAAGAAAAGAAAAAAAAAUUGAAAUGACCAGCAUAAGCAUAACUGAGUUCAAUCCCCCAGAAAGAGUUCUUUGGAGAACAGCCAGGCACUGCCUUUGUUUUCCCUCCUCCCCAUCUGGGCUAAGACCAAAGAAGCCUGGGUCUGUACAGCUUCCCACUCUAAGGGGAGCCUUAAUCCCGGUCGGAACCUGAGCUUUUCCAAGCUCAAGGCCUGACCUUGCCAACUGAUCUACGCAUUCUGUGCUUCAUUUUCACCCAAGAAAGUGACUUUCCCGGCUAGGGAACUCCUCCCCUAGGACUCAGCUCAUCCUGAGCUAACAGCCAUGUAUGUCCAUCCUUUGUUCCAUCAUUUGAGUCCCACCCAUGUUCUUCGGGAAAGCUGCAGCUGGUCCACAUGCCUCACCUGUGCUUCUGUAGAACUGCCCCUCCCUUCUCUGCCACAGCAGGGCUCCUGGAACCUGAGCGUGCACUUGAAUCUGCAAACCCUGACUGGAGGGCUAACGUGCUGCUGGGUGACGCUGUGCCGGUCCUGUGGUCCUCAUUGUAACAAGGCUUUGGAGGUUCCCACACUGGAGUCUGCAUCAGAAACCUCUGGAGGGCUUGUUACACACAGAUGGCUAAGCCCUAUCCCCAGAGUUUCUGAUUCCCCAGUACCAAGGUGGAGCCAGAGAAUUUGAUUUUCUAACAAAUUCCCAGGUGAUACUCAUGCUGCUGGUGUGGAGGAAGAUGCAAAAGAAGCAGAAGCCGCCCGAAAUACUCACAAAGCUGCCGUGGAGACCAGACACCUGCUGGGUUCUGCCGCAAUGAGGAAGCACCUGAGUGGGUGGUGGCUGGCCACUGUCUGCAUGCUGCUCUUCAGCCACCUCUCCGCCGUCCAGGCGAGGGGCAUCAAGCACAGAAUCAAGUGGAACCGGAAGGCCCUGCCCAGCGCUGCCCAGAUCACCGAGGCCCAGGUGGCUGAGAACCGCCCGGGAACCUUCAUCAAGCAAGGCCGCAAGCUCGACAUCAACUUCGGAGCCGAGGGCAACAGGUACUACGAAGCCAACUACUGGCAAUUACCCGAUGGCAUCCACUACGACGGCUGCUCUGAGACCAAUGUGACCAAGGAAGUGUUUGUCACCGGCUGCAUCAAUGCCACCCAGGCAGCAAACCAGGCGGAGUUCCAGAAGCCAGACAACAAGCUCCACCAGCGGGUGCUUUGGCGACUGGUCCAGGAGCUCUGCUCCCUCAAGCGCUGUGAGUUUUGGUUGGAGAGGGGUGCGGGAUUUCGGGUCGCCACGCACCAGCCACUGCUCCUCUGCCUGCUGGCUUUCAUCUGGCUCAUGGCGAAAUAAGCUUGCCAGGAUGCUGGCAUUGCAGAGCGCAGCAGUGAGCAAAUCCUGGCAAGUGACCCAGCUCUUCUCCCCCAAACCCACGUGUGUUCUGCAGGUGCCUAGGAGCGGUGAUGCACUUGCGCCGCAAAUGCUGCUCCCGCUUAUGCACCCUGGUAUGUGCCUGUGUUCUGAUAGAUGGGGGGCUGUGGCUUCUCCAGCACUCCAUUCUCAGCCCCUAGCAGAGCAUCUGGCACACUAGGUUAGUAAUACAUGCUUGAUGAGAAGAACACUCAGGAACUGCACCACCUACCCCAUGGUACUUCCCAACAACUCUUAGAGGUAGGUGUAUUCCCGUUUUGCAGAUGAGGAAACUGAGGCUCAGAGAGCUGAAGUAGUGCAUCCAGCGUCACCAGCUAGAAAGUGGAAGAGCCAGGAUUCAACCCUGGCUUGUCUAGCCCCAGGUUUUCCGCUCUGUCCAAUUCCAGAGCUGUCUCAUGAUCACUUUACAGCUCACAGGGACUCACAUUCAAACAUGUAUUUCUGAUGAAACUGUAGAAGCUCUAUGUUUAGAAAUAAAUGAAAAGACCUGAGCUGGUGGCUGUGUACUUUGAUUGGUACAUGGAGGCUAUUUUAAUCAUUCUACCUAAACUAAAACCGAAUAAAGGAAUUAAACUAAAAUGGAAGUAAAACUAGACAAAGGCCCAGAAAUCAUAUUGUAAGGAAGUAUUGAAAGCUGAUUCCCAGAGUAUACAGCACGAUGUGUCUGUGGCAUGAAGAUUUUCUUUUUCUUUUUCUUUUUUCUCUUUUUCACUCUUGUCACCCAGGCUAGAGUGCAAUGGCAUGAUCUCGGCUCACUGUAACCUCCAUCUCCCAGAUUCAAGCACUUUUCCUGCCUCAGCCUCCCGAAUUAGCUGGGAUUACAGGUGUGUGCCACCAUGCCUGGCUACUUUUGUAUUUUUAGUAGAGACAGGGUUUCACCAUGUUGGUCAGGCUGGUCUCAAACUCCUGAUCUCAGGUGAUCCACCCACCUUGGCUUCCCCAAGUGAUGGUAUUAGAUUUUUUUUUUUUUUUUUUUUCAAAAUAAGGAUAAGUGCUUGCUGUUCCUGUUCCUCAAACAUUGAUUUAAGAAAAAAAAAAUGUAAAUGGCAUGUUUGCUUCUAAUGUUCCCCAACCCUAUGUGCAUGUUUCUGUGCACCCGUAUGAGUAUCUUUAAAUAUAAUCCCUUUAUAUCUGUGUUCUACGCAGUUUCUCAGUUCUUUCAACACAGUCUGGUGAGGGCCAUCAUCUCUGUAAACCACUUACCACUACAAAAUAUAUAAUUACUCACCAAAAAGGUUUUAAAAACUGUGUCUUUAGGGAGACCCAAUAAAGAAUUCAAUCCAUGCCAUAAGCAGGAGUUGAUAUACCACCUUAUUAGUUUAAAAUAUAUAUAACAAAAUAUGAAUAAUGUUUAAAGUAUAUUUUAAAUUUGAAACAAUGAAUUGAAGGCUCUAAGAUGCUCCCCCACAGGUACGCUGGGCCACUCUCAGAGACUCCCAGGCAUUGCUGAAUUAUAUUCAGAGAAAACAGCCACUGAAUAUUAUCAAUUCUCCUUCAAAGAGAGUUUAUCAGUUUAUCCAAAGUAUUUCAGAACGUGAGUGCUGAUGAGGGGCGUCUCUCGUGCUGAGUUCCCUCAGCUAUCAGUGUUCUUUUCAAGGUCACAUUUGGAAGAUUUUAACAUUGAAAAUGGGCGGAUGACUUGGGGGCAGGGCAGCACAAAGAGCCUUACACUGGACACGUGGAGGAGACGUCCACCCUGCAGCCAGGUCCACCCUGCAGCCAGGUCCACCCUGCAGCCAGCACCGGGAUUCAGCUGCUGCCAGCGCCACACUUGCCUUCUGCUUCCACAGUCCUAUUCAUCUUAGAUCAGAGAGCAAGAGAAAAGCUCAGAACAUGUCCUCUACAGUUAUUUCCUGCUUUCUAAUUUAAAAAAAUAUAACCACAAUGGCAAGAGAGAAAGAAAGAAAAAGUACCCAGAGGCUGACACUGACAUUUCACUUCCUCGCUUUCCUAAGUAAUUACAAGGGCACAUGCAGCCACGUCAGCCAAAUGACUUCAUUUCUGAGGUGGAAAUGCUUAGGCCAUAAUGUCGUUCAUUUUCUGCAAUUGCUGUCUUUUCUCAUUUUGUUAAGAGUCCCAGCAACCAGAUUUAAGUGGAGCAGAGGUGAAUGUAUACACGGUGAUUCAAAUGCAAAAUGGGCUUAUGGAGCUUUUCACUGAAAGCGUGUGUGCUUGAACAUUCUUGCUCAAGUUGAUGAAUCAUGGGGUGGAAUAAAGGCCUCGUGAGUCUGGUUUGUCACUUUAGUAAAGGGGUGUGGAGUGCCUACUAUGUGUGAGACAUCGUGAGGGGCUUCUGAAUUAUGCUGGACAUAGUCAUUUUGCGGCGUGAAAAAUUUCCUCAACCAUUGCUUUCUUGCCCCCUGCCAAGUGUUGACUUUUUAAAAUGUAAGUUUAUUGUAAAAGUGACAUGAAAAUUACAACAGAAAUUCCAAUCCAAAAAAAUAGCACAAUCCCAGCAUCCGAUUGAGUCAGUUUGCUGUUUCCCCUGGACUUUCCUGUUCUUAACCAUUUGCAUAUGUAAACGUUCAUAUUUGCAACAGAAAAACAGGUGAGCGUUUAUAUUCUAAAUUUUUACUUCAUUCGUUGCUUUUUACUCAUUUUCUGUGUUUUUUCUUUUCCCUUUUCUUUUUUUAAGGUGGAGUCUUGUUCUGUUGCCCAGGCUGGAGUACAAUGGGGCAAUCUUGGCUCACUGCAACCUCCACCUCACAAGUUCAAGCAAUUCUCAUGCCUCGGCCUCCCAAGUAGCUGGGAUUACAGGUGUCCACCACCAAGCCUGGCAAAUUUUUUUUGCAUUUUUAGUAGAGAAGGGUUUCACCAUGUUGGCCAGGCUGGUCUCGAACUCCCGACAUCAGGAGAUCCAGCCACCUCGGCCUCCCAAAGUGCUGGGAUUACAGGCAUGAGCCACUGCUCCCUGCCUACCUUUAUUUUCUUUCUCCCCACCCAUCUUCCCCAGUCCUGCGCCCCUCUUCCAGCCUGAGAUGCAGCCUCCACCUUAACUGUGAGCAGAUACAUAAGUGAGGGAUUUCUAUUUGAUUGUGCCUUUUAAAAAUACUAUGAACGUAAAAUAUUCAUCUGCAAUCUGUCUUCCGUAACUUAACACUGCAUCAUAAAACUCUCUGGAACUACAGCUAUCUAGAUAGCUGACUCAUUCUUUUGGAUUGCUAUGUAAUCUCACUUAAUACAGAUGUACCAUGGUUGAUUGAAUGGGCCUUGUUAAUGGGCCUUCAGAUUAUUUCCAGUUUUUUGUCACUGCAAACAAUAAACAUCCUUGUACAUACUA